CCUGCCUGCACUGUGAGCCAGCCAGAGACCACCAUGGUGAGGCUCGUGCUGCCCAACCCCGGCCUGGAGGACCGCAUCCCGUCCCUGGCUGAGCUGGAGACCAUCGAGGCGCAGGAUGCCUCUUCCCGGCCCAAGUGGGACAAUAAGGCGCAGUACAUGCUCACCUGCGUGGGCUUCUGCGUGGGGCUCGGCAAUGUGUGGCGCUUCCCCUACCUCUGCCAGAGCCACGGAGGAGGAGCCUUUAUGAUCCCGUUCCUCAUCCUGCUGGUGUUGGAGGGGAUCCCGCUGCUGCACCUGGAGUUCGCUAUCGGACAAAGGCUGCGGAAGGGGAGCGUGGGCGUCUGGAGCUCCAUCCACCCAGCCCUGAAGGGCGUAGGCAUCGCCUCCAUGUUCGUGUCCUUCAUGGUGGGCCUCUACUACAACACCAUCAUUGCCUGGAUCAUGUGGUACUUCUUCAACUCCUUCCAGGACCCCCUGCCAUGGAGCCAAUGUCCUGUCAGCGGGAACAUGACAGGCUACGUGGAGGAGUGUGUCCGGAGCUCCCCUGUGGACUACUUCUGGUACCGAGAGACACUCAACAUCUCCACAUCCAUCAACGACUCAGGUUCCAUCCAGUGGUGGAUCCUGCUCUGCCUGACGUCCGCCUGGAGCGUGCUCUACGUGUGCACCAUCCGUGGCAUCGAGACCACAGGGAAGGCUGUGUACGUCACGUCCACGCUGCCCUACAUUGUCUUGACCAUCUUCCUCAUCCGAGGCUUGACCCUGAAGGGAGCCAGCAAGGGCAUCGUCUUCCUCUUCACCCCAAACGUCACGGAACUGGCCAACCCAGUCACCUGGCUGGACGCAGGAGCCCAGGUGUUCUAUUCCUUCUCCCUGGCCUUCGGGGGCCUCAUCUCCUUCUCCAGCUACAACUCUGUGCAUAACAACUGCGAGAUGGACGCGGUGAUUGUGUCCAUCAUCAAUGGCUUCACGUCCGUCUACGCAGCCACCGUGGUGUAUUCCAUCAUUGGGUUCCGAGCCACAGAGCAUUAUGAUGAGUGCUUCAACACGAACAUCCUGACCCUCAUGAAUGGGUUCGACUUACCUGAAGGUAACGUGACGCAGGAGAACUUCGCAGAGAUGCAGCAAUGGUGCAAUGCCACUGACCCCGUGGCCUACGGAAAGCUGUCAUUCCAGACCUGCGACAUCAACUCCUUCCUCUCAGAAGGCGUGGAGGGCACGGGGCUGGCGUUCAUUGUCUUCACCGAGGCCAUCACCAAGAUGCCGGUGGCCCCACUGUGGUCUGUGCUCUUCUUCAUCAUGCUCUUCUGCCUGGGCCUGUCGUCCAUGUUCGGGAACAUGGAGGGUGUGGUCGUGCCCCUGCAGGACCUCAAGAUCAUCCCUCCCAAGUGGCCCAAGGAGCUGCUCACAGGCCUGAUCUGCCUGGGGACCUACCUCAUCGCCUUCGUCUUCACCCUGGAAUCAGGCCAGUACUGGCUCUCCCUGCUGGACAGCUACGCAGGCUCCAUCCCACUGCUCAUCAUCGCCUUCUUCGAGAUGUUCUCUGUCGUCUACGUGUACGGCGUGGACAGGUUUAAUAAGGACAUUGAGUUCAUGAUCGGCCACAAGCCCAACAUCUUCUGGCAAGUCAUGUGGAGAGUGAUCAGCCCGCUACUCAUGCUGGUCAUCUUCCUGUUCUUCUUCGUGGUCAAGGUUAACGAGGAGUUGAUAUACAGCGUCUGGAACCCGGAGUCUCCGGAAUUUCCCAAAUCAGAGAAAACCCCAUACCCCGGCUGGGUCUAUGCCGUGGUGGUCAUCGUGGCAGGGGUGCCUUGCCUCGUCAUCCCUGGCUUCGCCAUCUACAAGUUCAUCCAGAACCGCUGCCAGAGGCGCGGGGACCAGCAAGGGCUGGUCAGCACCCUGUCGUCAUCGGUGAACGGAGACCUCAAGUACUGA